AUGGGAAUAACCGUCCAAAACAUCACAGGAAACACAGCAAUGGUAAUUUGGCCAAAAAUGGCCAGUUGUACCGACAGCUUUUACAGUGUCAUGUACCACCCCAACUGGAACAGCGUGCUGUCGAGUUACUCGAGAAAGAGCUUUCAGAAGGAGGAGAGGGUGCCGGCCAGUCGUUCCUCCUUCGUUGUCGAAAACCUCACUCCGCUAACGACGUACAUCGUGUGCGUGACCUGCCAGUCCGCCAACCCCUCCAGUGACCAGUGCAGAGUUUUUAACACACUGGAACGAGACCCAGCAUCCACCAGCAAUACCAAGAAAGAGCUGGCACUGGGCAUCUGGCUCACCAGCAGCGUCCUGCUCCUCAUCAUCGCCGCCAUCCUCCUCUACGGCUGCCUGCACCUCCUGUGCCGCAGGAGACACGAGCGCUUGCAAGGGCAAAACAGGACCACUGAAGAAGACCAGGGGAAGGUGUGGACCAAAACCACGGCCUAUGCCUUGGGGGAGCUCGGCAGGCAGAGCCAAAUGAUGCAGGACACCGAGGAAAAGCAUCCAGGUGACAUCCAGCUGGCCACAAUCAUAGCAAAUCCCUCAGCCUGCAAGGAGCCUGUCACGCUGGCCUCCCAAAGCCGGGAACAAGCACCUGCAAGAGGACAGUGCCCCGUGAUAAAUUAG